AGCGUCAGGUAGUGACCCAGCGUCAGGUAGUGACCCAGCGUCAGGUAGUGACCUUGCGUAAGGCUCUGACCCUGCGUUCAUGUAACGUUUGAAGCUGAUUUUCCCGUGGUGUAAGUUUCCGCAAUGACUGACGGUAGGCGUACUCUCCGGGUGAUGUAUUACGGUAGUGGGUAUCGAAUUCAUGUCAGUAGUGGGCGGUAUACGAAAUACUUCCAAACUACGAAACCCCUUCGAGAAUUGAUAUUCUCAAAGACGGCUUGAGAUACGAAGCAACUUCCGAAUCCGUGACAACGUUGAACUCCUCCAGAACCCUUACAUAAUCAAACAGCAUCAUGGCAAUCGAUAUCCAGGAAGUUGAGUUCAAGACCAUCGAUGGUCUCACUUUGCGUGGUGACCUAUAUAAUUCUCCUGUGUCAUCCGGAAAGGGGCCGGCGGUCAUUAUCACACCAGGUUUCAAUUGCGUCAAAGAGAUGUUUGUACCAGAUGUCGCCGAACAAUUCCAGAAGAACGGCAUCACGGCACUGAUCUAUGAUCCGCGAACGCUCGGUUUGAGCGAUGGGUUGCCGCGAAACGACAUCGAUCCAGCGAGACAAGUGUCCGACUACUCCGAUGCAGUCACUUUUGUCAAGAGUCUUCCAAACGUCGAUCCCUCUAUGAUUGGUAUCUGGGGUAUGUCGUUCAGCGGUGUCAUUGCACUGUCCGCUACAGCUCUAGACCCACGCAUUCGCUUCUGCAUCGCGAUCUGCCCGCUCUUGAACCUCGAGUACGAAGCAUCCAAGUUUCCCAAAGUGCUUGCCAAACUUCAACAAGACCGAGAGUCGCAGCUCACGGGGAAUAAGCCUUUAUAUGUCCCGGUCUUGACGGCCGAGGGCAAGAAUCCUGCUGGCAUGGGUUUGGGAGCAGACAAGGAGGAGUUUGACUAUAUGGUCAACGCCAAGUCGCGUGGUGCCCCGCGACAUGAAAACCACACGACGUUUCAAUCGUACUACAAGAUAAAGUUAUGGCAACCACAAGGUAUCAUGCGAUACCUAGACCGUACACCCGUGUUGAUGGUAGUGCCGGAGCUGGACCAGAUUUCGCCACCCGAGGCGCAGAUCGCGCUACAUGGAACGUUUCCGGAGCCGAAGGUGUUGCAUAUCGCUCCUGGCAAGGGACAUUUGGAUGUCUUGAGUGGAGACGACUUCCCCAUGCUGUCCACUUUGCAAGCGGAUUUCGUCAAGAAGAUUGUCGCAGUUUAGUUGCGACAAACUGACCCACAUCCGCCUGCCCUUGGACGGGCAUAGAUAGUUUGGCUUUCGCAUGAAUGACAUAUCAACCACUCAUUACAACG